AUGGACUCGCUGUCAGUCGAAUCUGAUAUAGCCCGACAAUGGUUUGGUUGCUCCGUUUUUCGUAAGUUCUUGCUGACCCUGCUAGUGCGUCUAUCCACAAUGCAGUGUAUCGACGACUUGGUCUUUCCGUUGAAUUCCACUGUACCAUGCGGCUUAGAUUGCAUUGAUCAGCUGUCUUGCUGGUCUUUAUUCUUCUGGUUAAGGCCUAAUCCCUCGAAGUCCAGAUGGAAUUCCUCUACUUUAGAUAUUCAUAAUCGGGUUAUUUAUAACUCAACUCUCUGUUCCAAUCUGAGUUACCGCCUCAAUAAUCCAAUGUAUGCCUGUUGGGGAGAAGAUGGGGGUUUUGCAACUAUUUGCCCUGGACCUCGCAUUCCAUGGCAAAUUUCUAUUUCCACCGAGCGCAAUUACUGGAUAUUUUUUGUAGAUCAGCGCUGA